AUGGAUGCACAACAUGACAAAAUAGUAAAGGAAUUUGAAAUCCUUGAGGCUGCAACAGAGAAGGUAAUUAGCUCUCAAGAAAAAUGCAAGCUAUAUGAAAUAAACCGUAGAAAAUCGCAAGAAGCUAUAAAUCGGUUAAAUGAUCCUAAUACACCUUCGAAUGUUUGGGCAUGUCUUUCACAUCAGUUUUUCAAAGUCCCCAAGAAUCCUUUAAAAACUGCUCUGAGAUCUGAUAUUCAAACACUUGCAGGAGAAGUUGAUGCUCUACGUGCACAAAUCAAAGCAGAUUUAGAGGAACUUCGUGAACUGGAAGGAAAGGAAUCACUAAAAGGGUUUAAUCUUAAGCCGCUUUCUCAGGAUGAAUUAUAUGCUGAUCUAGUAAUUCCGUCAGCUCCUCAGGAUAAGUCUCAUCGACGGUACAAUCCUUUGACACAGGAAUGGGUUGUUGUAUCACCCAAUAGAAUCAGUCGCCCUUGGGUUGGAGCUGUUGAGAAUACGGCCUCCUCUUCAGCUGGUAAGAGUGAGUCUUCUUCCUCUCAGAAAGCUAUACCGAAGUCAACUGCCUUGGCGCCUGGCGCUAUUCGUUCUAAUGGAGCUGUGAACCCGUUCUAUGAGAGCACUUACACCUUUCCAAAUGACUUCCCUGCUUUUGUAAGAAUUAAUUUCAUUUUGCUUUAA